UCACAAUCGUCAACGGCAUCACUUGUUGAAGAAUUCAGAUCAUACGCGGUUUCAGUUUUAUUUGACCAUGGAACAUACUAGACCCUUCACCGUUAUUGUUGAAGGCAAUAUUGGCAGUGGCAAAUCCACCUUCUUAGAAUGCUUCUCCAAGUACCCUCAGGAAGUGGAGGUGUUUCCCGAACCCGUGGCCAAAUGGAGAGAUGUCCGUGGACACAACUUGUUCCAAUUGAUGUAUGAGGAUCAGGAGAGAUGGAGCAUGGCGUUUCAAUCUUAUGCUCAAUUGACCAUGCUGGAACUGCAUAAUCAGACCACAUUGGCCCCAGUCAAGAUAAUGGAACGGUCCAUAUUUUCUGGACGACACUGUUUCAUUGAGAAUCUGCAUGAAGAGAAGAAAAUGAAGCACUCUGAGUACACGGUGUUGUGCGAAUGGUUUGAUUUCUUGCAAAAAUCUCCAAUGUUCAACUUGAAAGUGGAUUUGAUCGUAUAUUUGAAGACGUCACCGGAGGUUGCCUUUAAACGCGUUAAACAGAGAGCUAGGAGCGAGGAAAAGAUACUACCUAUAGAGUAUUUGCGGAAUUUACACGACCUGCACGAGAAAUGGUUGCACCAGAGCACCGAUCUGCCCGCGGAAUUAGUCGUGAUCGAAGCGGAUCAAAACUUGGAACAAAAUCCCGACAUGUACGCCCAAGUCAUGGAAAAAGUCCUGGCCAAAGCCCAAGCCCAACGAGACGCCCGAAAAGAGAAUCCCCGCCUAACCAAACUAAGUCUAACCCGCCCCGCCAAGACCUGUUAUCCAUCUUCGCCCACCAAAGUUCUCGGCGAAGUCAACAAAAUCGCACCCGGUCAAUGAGCCGAAGACAUGUGUACCUAAAAAUGAAUUAGCUCAAAAUAAAAUGCCAACACGACUAGGCCAAAAUUACAA